AUGACCAUGGUUUCUACAUUCUACGAAAGGAUAUAUACAAAAAUAAUUUUGCCUUCAAAAACACUGAAUCUUCUGGCAAUAUACAGAAGUCCAAAUGAAAAUGAUGAUAUGUUGUUGCUGAUGAUUCAUGAAUUUUUGGACACGCGUGGUCGUCAUGUGUUGGUUGGUGAUUUUAACUUCCCUAAGAUUGAUUGGAUCACAAAUAGUUUCGGUGGUUUACCAGUAAAAAUUCAGAAUAGAUUUCUAAAGGUCCUCAAUGAUAGAUUCCUGCUACAGUUCAUCACUGAAGCAACCAGAACAAGAGGUAUGCAGCGGCCACACAUCCUGGACUUAUUGAUUACCGACUACAAUUUUGUAAAAAAUAUUAAAUACUUUGCCCCAUUGGGAAAAAGUGACCACUCAGUCAUUGUUGCAGAGUUUUGUGAUUUUGGUUUGCGACAAACCCCGGUCAGUAUGAAACAUUGUUUUAAUGCAGGUAGGUUUAGUACAUUCAAAAUGACUCCUGAGUUGCGAGAGCUCAUCAAGCUAGAGCAUUAUUAUUUGAGGACAUACAUGUUUGGAAAAAACGAAUUAACGAAUUUUCGCCAGUCAAGAGAGGAAGUGAGAAAACUGACCAGAUCAUUGUCGAGAGAAAAACAGAAUGAAAUAGCAAAAAAUUACAAAUUAAAUCCUAAGGUGUUUUGGAAAUACGUGAACAACGUUACUCAUUCCAGAGAUAAAAGGGUGGGCGAGAUAAGAAUUUAUGAAAACAUGGUCCUUAAAAAGCUCAAUGGUCUUAACCUUAACAAGUCACCAGGCCAUGAUGGUAUUCAUCCAAGCGUUCUCUGGGAGAACUCAUCAGAUAGUGCUUUCCUCUGCCUUUAUAAAUCUCUGGUACGCUCACAGUUGGAGUUUAGUGUCCAAGUUUGGUAUCCAUACAGAUUGGGUCUAGCAAAAAAAAUAGAGUACAGAAAAGACUUUAUCGACUUAAGUUUGAACUUUGCUAUGAUGAUUCUGAAUUAUUCGAGAUUACGAUCAUUUUAA